UCAUGGUAUUAGGGGUCUUGGCCAGGGUCUUUAUAUUUCAGGACAUAUAUAUUGACGCAAGCGUUACACAAUUUCAUGUCAAAGCAAAGUAAGUGCAAAGAGAUUGAUGCUCAUCUAACUUCUCAUGUAUCUGUCGAAACUAAUUCCAUGGCAGCUUUUGGUGGAAACAUACCUGGAGAAAAUAAUUACUUCAAUAUCUGACUUGUUGCAUAUCACAUUUUACUUCCUAUGCUAAUCACCUCCACUGUUUGCUCGCACGACGAAAACAGGUGUCCAGACUCCAGCAACAAACCAUGAGCUUAUCUGCCAUUGGAAUUAUUAGUGCCUUCAAUGAAUGUGUCACUUUGUUUCAGUGGGUCAAAUCUUCCAUUUCAUCUUUGCACUCCCGAUGGAGCGGUUCAAAGGAUCAAAGUCUCCAGGAUCAGGUACUGCAAUUACAGAGUGACCUACAACGUCUUAGCGAUACUCUUCCUGCAAUGUAUGACCUCAUUAACGAAGCGGAGUGGAGAAGCCACAAACAGCAUGUGGCCAAGCUCCUUCCAAGUCUCAAGGAUGCUGUGUCUGAGGCUGAGGACCUUCUUGAGUUUAGAUGGUACGAGAAGAAGGUGCAAGUGGAGGGCAAUGCAAGCCAGUCGCCUUCCAUUGACUUCCUUGAUAAGGUCAUUCAAGGAAACUUGAACAAACUGAAUGAUGUUCAAUUAAGGUUAAAUCAUCUUUCGAGUCAGCUAGAGAACAUGGGGCUUCGUGGAGUCACACGAUGCUUUGAUAAAUUAGUCAGGCCAGAGACUACCUCUUUGCCAAGUGAAACAAAAAUAUUUGGUCGUGACAAGGAGCUGGAGCAGGUAUUGGGAUCUCUUAAUGUACCUACACACCCAAAACGCAAGAGAGCAACUAGUUCAAUCAAUGCAUCAACAAGCACAUCAUCAAGCAACCAUGUUAAUGGUGGACCAUUAAUAUCGAGUCUUCCUGUUUUGGUGGUGGCUGGAAUUGGUGGUGUUGGAAAGACUACUUUGGCCCAACAUAUCUGCAACCAUCAACGAGUGAAGUCUCACUUCGAGCUAAUAAUUUGGAUUUGUGUCUCAGAUGACUUCAAUGAGAAGAGGUUAAGUAAAGAGGUCAUAGAAUCAUGCACUGGCAAUGAGGCAAAGAUUGAUAAUUUGGAUUCUCUUCAGCGUGCUCUUUCUAACCACGUGAAAAAUAAAAGGUUAUUGAUAGUCCUUGAUGAUGUGUGGGAUGAUGCUUUGAAGGAGUAUGUUGAGCAUGGACCUUCAAGCAUCGCAUUGGAGUUCUAUACUUGA